UGGCAACACUCGUUGUCAUUGUUAAAUUUUGACAGUUCUUGUAUUUUAUAAACAAAGAUUUUCCGACUUUCAAGUAUUUUUUGCGAUGGCGAAAGCGGGGACUUCAGAUCAAAAAGGCAUAGCCCAAAAGACAUGGGAGUUAUCCAAUAACAUGGAAGUGGUGAGUUCCGUGGAUGAAAUUUACAGAUACGACAAGCAACAGCAGCAAGACAUCCUUGCCGCGAAACCCUGGGAGAAGGACCCGUAUUUUUUCAAAGAUAUUAAAAUAUCCGCUCUGGCGUUGCUGAAAAUGGUCAUGCACGCUAGAUCCGGCGGCACUUUGGAGGUUAUGGGGCUGAUUUUGGGGAAAGUUGAUGGCAACACGAUGUUUGUUAUGGAUUCUUUCGCUUUGCCUGUCGAAGGGACUGAAACGAGGGUCAAUGCUCAAGCACAGGCCUAUGAGUACAUGAGUUCUUAUAUAGAAGCAGCCAAAUUGGUUGGUAGGCAGGAAAAUGCUAUUGGUUGGUACCACAGCCAUCCUGGGUAUGGUUGUUGGUUAUCAGGUAUCGAUGUGAGCACUCAAAUGUUGAAUCAAAAUUUCCAAGAGCCAUUUGUUGCCAUUGUAAUCGACCCUGUGCGCACCAUAUCAGCCGGUAAGGUUUGUCUGGGGGCUUUCCGUACUUUCCCUAAAGGGUACAAGCCUGCGAAUGAGGAACCAUCAGAGUACCAAACCAUUCCACUGAAUAAAAUCGAAGAUUUUGGCGUGCAUUGCAAGCAAUACUAUUCCUUGGAGGUUUCAUAUUUUAAGUCUUCUCUUGACCGAAGGCUGUUAGAUUCUCUGUGGAAUAAAUAUUGGGUUAAUACUUUAAGUUCUUCAAGUCUAUUAACCAACGCCGACUACACAACAGGCCAAAUUUUCGAUUUGUCCGAGAAAUUAGAGCAAUCGGACGCGGCCAUAGGUAGUCGCGGCGGUUUUAUUGUAGGCGGUACCGAUCCUCACGAGAAAAGAACCGAAGAUAAAUUGCUCAAAGCUACAAAGGACAGUUGCAAAACAACAAUCGAAAUAAUACACGGUUUAAUGGCCCAAAUGAUCAAGGACAGAUUAUUCAACAGUUGCAAGCCCAACAGUACCCCAGCUUAAAAAAAUAACAUUUAUUUAUGUGUGUUACUGUUUUAUUUUAAGAAUUUUCACUUAAAAAAUAAUAAAGGUUUUUUU